UCUAAUUUUCUGACCAUGAAAAGAUUAUCAUCUUCAAAAAGGGUAGUGAACAAUAGCGUUAAAGGGGCGAUAGAGUGGGAGCUUAGGCCUGGUGGCAUGCUUGUUCAAAAGAGGAACAUGGGGGAUUCUUCUUCUGCUCCUAUGAUCAAGAUCAAAGUUUCUCAUGGUUCUUAUCACCAUGAUAUAGCUCUGCCUGCUCAAUCAACUUUUGGGGAUCUGAAAAGAGUUGUUGCACAAGAAACCGGUUUGGAGCCCAAGGAGCAGAGGCUAUUGUUCCAAGGGAAAGAAAAGGAUGAUGAAGAAUGUUUGCAUAUGGUAGGAGUAAAAGACAUGUCAAAGGUGGUACUUUUAGAGGACCCAGCUACCAAAGAGAGGAAGCUGGAGAAGAUGAAUAGAAAUCGGACCGUGCUAAAAGCCUGUGAAGAGGUUGCUACGGGUUAG